CGCGUUGUCGCUCGACUGGAGGGAAUGGGGCGGCGGCGGGCACGCGCCUGAGGCGGCAUCGCCUACCCUCCCGGAGCAGUCCGGACCGCCUCUUCCCACCCACUCCGAGUCUUCUCAGGUGCCCUGUAGUCAGGCCUGGUCUUUGGGCAUUCGCGCUGCCUUGACAGCCGUUCUCCCGCUGAGAGAGCCACGGGCGCGCACUCGCGCGCGGGCCGCGGACGUGAGGGCGGCGAACGACCGAGCCGCGGCGCCGAAGAGGGCCGUGCUCGUGCCCGGCUCGUCGCGAGGCGCGCGCGCGCUCCCGCCGCAGCCCGGGCCGCGCCCGCCCCGCCUCUCAGCACCGGCCCGGAGCCCGGUCCGCGAGCGGCGGCGGCGGCCGGAGGGACGAUGAGCGGCGCGGCGCGAGCGGGCCCGGCCCGGCUCGCGGCGCUGGCCCUGCUGACCUGCAGCCUGUGGCCGACGCGAGCGGACAACGCGAGUCAGGAGUACUACACGGCGCUCAUCAACGUGACGGUGCAGGAGCCCGGCCGCGGCACCCCGCUCACGUUCCGCAUCGACCGCGGGCGCUACGGACUCGACUCACCCAAGGCCGAGGUCCGCGGCCAGGUGCUGGCACCGCUGCCCAUCCACGGAGUUGCUGAUCAUCUGGGCUGUGAUCCUCAAACACGGUUCUUUGUCCCUCCUAACAUCAAACAGUGGAUUGCCUUGCUACAAAGAGGAAAUUGCACCUUUAAAGAGAAAAUAUCACGGGCUGCUUUUCACAAUGCGGUUGCUGUAGUCAUCUACAAUAAUAAAUCCAAAGAGGAGCCGGUCACCAUGACUCAUCCAGGCACGGGAGAUAUUAUUGCUGUCAUGAUAACAGAAUUGAGGGGUAAGGAUAUUUUGAGUUAUCUGGAGAAAAACAUCUCUGUUCAAAUGACAAUAGCUGUUGGAACUCGAAUGCCGCCAAAGAACUUCAGCCGUGGCUCUCUAGUCUUCGUGUCAAUAUCCUUUAUUGUUUUGAUGAUUAUUUCUUCAGCGUGGCUCAUAUUCUACUUCAUUCAGAAGAUCAGGUACACAAAUGCUCGCGACAGGAACCAGCGUCGUCUUGGAGACGCAGCCAAGAAAGCCAUCAGUAAAUUGACAACUAGAACGGUGAAAAAGGGCGAUAAGGAAACAGAUCCAGACUUCGAUCACUGUGCAGUCUGCAUAGAAAGCUAUAAGCAGAAUGAUGUUGUUCGGGUUCUCCCCUGCAAGCAUGUUUUCCACAAAUCCUGUGUGGAUCCCUGGCUCAGUGAACACUGUACCUGUCCUAUGUGCAAACUUAAUAUUUUGAAAGCCCUAGGAAUUGUGCCAAAUCUGCCAUGUACUGAUAAUGUAGCAUUUGAUAUGGAAAGGCUCACCAGAACCCAAGCAGUUAACCGAAGAGCAGCUCUUGGUGACCUUGCCAGUGACAGUUCCCUUGGCCUUGAGCCACUGAGAACUUCGGGGAUAUCGCCUCUUCCUCAAGAUGGGGAGCUCACUCCUCGAACCGGUGAAAUCAACAUUGCAGUAACAAGUGGGCACAUCUUUCACCGGAACUCCCUGUCGCCUCGUAGCCUGGUGUAUGAAAGUGAAUUCUCCACAAUCGAGCCUUCUUUGGACAUGUAUGACGAGAACAAAACCUGAUUUUUUAAACAAUGGGCUAUUGGGGGUCUCUGCUUCUGAGAUUUGAUUUGUGGUCACCUUUCUUACUUUGUGUCCCUCUGUCAUCGUCCAUCUGAGAAGAAUGGCAGUGCCUCUGGGCGUGAGUUGGGGUUCAGGGUUAAAUUACAGAGUUCCUCCAAGGUGAGGUUUGUGGGGAGCAUUGUUGCCCAAGUGAGCCUAGUGGUGCCACCCAGAGCUGACCACCGAGCACAAGGCACCUCGGGAGCCUUGCUGUUUCCAGAGAAGAGGUGGGGCCAGCGUUUAAUGAUGCAUUUGUUGCAAAUGUGUCCAUGUCCCCAAAUAGUUGCACGCUGUUCUGUGUCAGGGUGGCAUGGGGGUUUUGUAAAUUACAUUUUGUGGUCCUCACAUGCACAGGAAAGCCUGCAGAUAAAACGUCCACUGAUGCAAAUUAUGAAUCAUGGCUUCUCAACCUGCUUCCCCUUGUCCUCUGUCUCCUACUGUGUUUUCUGGUAAAAAGGCCUCUUCCCAUAGGGAGUCCUUCAAGAGAAGCUUCACCCUCCUUUCUCCCUGUGAGAUCCGACCUCCUGUUGUCCUCCGGAGCCAGGGGACACAGGCCAUGGGGCCCAGAGUCUGCCGUCACAGGAUCAGACCGCCAUCUGCUUUGUUUUCCUGCAUCUGUGAUGAGCAUGACAUAAGAUGACAAGUAUUUACAUUGGCACUAGACACGGGAGGCAUCUGUCCCUGCUGCCUGUGGUAUCUAUGGGGAGGUGGCACCAGGAGCCUGGCACGAUGACCGCAGGAUAUCGAUAAGUUUAACAGUCAUCAACACCAAAAUAGUUCUGAAUGUUUUAUUGGGAAGUGCAAACCAACAUCCUACUAUUAAAUAUUAUUAAAUACCAGAUGGGGGCUCCUCCUCCUCCAAUUUGAUUGUUCAAUCCAGUGCCAUCCUGCCAGCCUCAGCACCAACAUGAACAAACGGUGGAGCACUGGCAGACAGACUUACAGAACAGGAUGCCGUGGCCAGCCUGGUGGACACUGGGGACAUGGGCGCUCUUCCCACACACCCAGAAUGACAUCAGAUUAACAUAUGAGGAACUUGUGGGACCAGGAUCAGCAAAAACGCCUCCUUUCUGCAGAAAUCUGUGCCGUGGUCAGCCUGCUUCUCAUCAGAGCUAAGAAGGUACUCGGACCCGUGUUAGAAAAAUGCAGCAUCAGUGUCUAGCCAUGUACAUGACAGCACAGCAGGCGGAGGGGACAGGCUCCCACCGUGUACAUGACAACACAGCAGGCAGAGGGGACAGGCUCCCACCCUGUCACUUUUAUUGGUUCUAUGGGUCAUGAGUUCGAGGCACAUACAUUUUCAUCUUCACAUGUGUGGCUUCUUCUCUGUCACAGCAUCUUGUAACAUCCCUCAAGAUCCUAAGAUCCCUCAGAUGCCCUGUGCCUGAAGCAGACCCUCAGAGAGCCCGAGGGCUACCAUCCUGUGAGAAUGUGGUGGCAGGGUGAGCCCCCCACCCCCCACCCCCACACUUGUCUUGAGUACUCGAGGCUAGACCAGGAUCGACAUCUAAGGUCUUACCUGCUUUCACUUUUACUGCUUACCAAGGGCUUUUGUCUUUCUUUUUUAUAGUCUUUGUACUAUAAAAAAUAUUUUUGAUAAAGUUUCAAUAGAUUAUCGUUCUGAAAGACAGCUUCUCAGUGAGAGCAUUUCAACAGGAAACUAGACCGCUGGGGUCCACAGGCUCAGGUGAAAGUGUUUGGCGUGGCAGACCAGACGGAGGCUAUGAUUGCCAUGUUGUCCAAAGCCUGGCCUGGCCUUCUUCGUAACCAAAACUCAGAUCCCAGUGAAUCAUUUUCUUCAGGUCUCAUCUGUCUUCUAUACAUUCAGUUCUGCUCUAGACAGUUUCUUUACUAAAAAAAGAAACGGAAUUGUUUGGGGAAAAAAAUUUAAAUUGAGUCUUCUAAAAUCUACUGAGACAAUGUUUGAAUCCCUGGAAAAACUGGGGCAUAUGGUCAUUGUAGAACAGCCAGGGGGGCAGUUCCUGUGAAGGGAUUCACUCAGUGCUCCAGAUACCAGGUUGACCCCCUUUUCCUGAAAAGUCGGGUCACCUUCAACUCAGAUCCAGAUGUCCUGACUUUGUCUGGAAGGUCAUUGGCUUCUUUGUGGAGGGCAUGUGCUUUGGGAGUACAGAGUAACAGCUUCCUACCAGGAGCUGUGAUAAGGAGACAGCCCAUGAAGCCACCUGACACCCAGGUGGAGUUGGGUGCACAACCAUUACUGGCAUAUGCCAUAGAGCGCAUGCCCAUCAGGGUCUACAGCCACAGGCGGCGUUAGCGCGAGCCGGGCUGCAGCAGCUUGGAUACAGACGUUUAUGCUUUGGAGAGACUUAGCUUCCUUGUGGAGGGGCCAGCUACUCUGGUCCUGUUACCUCAGGGAGAAAGGACAGCCGACUGGCCUGGAAUUCCCCAGAGCACCUCCAGAAGUAAUGAGUGUGUCCAUCCAGGACCCCCCUUUGCUCCCCUCUUGGGAAAACGGGCUCUACCAUCAACAGUUUAAAACUCCCACGGCCCACUAAGUCUUGCUUUUGAAUCAGCCUCCAUCUCCUGGCUCCCCCGGUUGCUCCAUCACAAGACACAUCCCCGAAAGUCCAUCCACCAUGAAGCUCAGCUUCAGCUUCUCAUCCGCCCUGAGGCGUGACAGCCUGGGAUGCCAAAAUAUGUGGUCAGAAAAGUAUCAAACCAAAGCUUACCAAACCUCACCACCUGGCGUGCUCGGCCGGCGUGGCCAACCUUCAUGCGCCUACCCCUCACCUCCAUGUUCUCCCCCGUUAUGCACUAAAUGAGCCCACACUGAGGGAAAGAAAGCUGCGGACCCUUUGCUGUUCACCUCUGCCCUAGGGAUCCUCAUCCUGCUUCAGGAAAACAAGACGGAUUUCACAUCAGGAGUCUUCCUGACAAGGGGUCACUGCUCAUAAACGUCAAGAAAGAUAACUGCUGAAAUUUAAAACUGGCAUUUAGAAGGGUAGGGCAAGACCAUGGAGUUGGUUGUGUCAACAGCCCUUUUUUGUCUUUUUCUUUUUUGGUUUUUCAAAACAGGGAUUUUCUGUGUAGCCCUGGCUGCCCUAGGACUCACUCUGUAGACCAGGCUGGCCUCAAACUCAGAAAUCCGCCUGCCUCUGCCUCCCAAGUGUUGGUUUUAAAGGCGUGUGUGUGCCACCAUGCCUAGCCUGUUACAGACUUUCUCACUGUGUACCUGACUUGUUCACCUGGAGUUAAGGCGGGGUAGUGAAGACUCGCGAGUCUGGGGACGCAAGCACCCCAGUGGCUGGGCAUAUUUGGCUGUCCUGGAAACGGGCAUGCUGGCACCACUGUGGAGCAAGAGCAAGUGAGAUGAGGGUGGGUCCCGAGGGCACAGUUCUCUGGGCAUAGGUGGAAGGAGAGAGCGCAGCCUGCUGCGUCUGGGUAGAGACAGCUCAUGAAGAGCAAGAGGAGCAAGGCGCAGUCCUUGGGCUGAAGCCACCAUCUCCCCUUCGGGGGCCAGGGAAGCUCCGGGGUCUGCUUGGGGAAAGAACACUGUGGGCUGCAGGCUGCGUGAGAGGCAGAGGGCAGACGGGCCCUGCUGGGGGCUGGCAUCCUAGCAGUUGGCUUGAGACCAAGGGACCCCUGACUGAGCUGACUAAAUGUAGGAAAAGAGGGCUGGGAGAGCUGGGGGGUAGAAGUGGAAAGCAGAUUUCUAACCUCAGCAAUUGAGUGAACAUUAGUGGGAUCCAGGAGAACCCAUAAAACUCAGCCCUGAAGUGAUGUCUGCAGGAUCUCACAUCCUGGGAGGCUCCGUCCUCCCCGGCCCAGCUGUGUGCACUGGACGCGCGUGCCCACCCUGACAGAGGCAGAUGCUCAGUGCCAAUGAUGGCGCCAGCCAGAGAGAGGCUAGACUAGGCAGCACUGAUUGGGAUGUACAGCACACAGAAAAGGCUAUGGGAGACACUGAUGUAGAGAAAUGACUGCAUGGUUUCCCCACUCAAGAGAGGUGGGCCUGGCGGCUCUCAUCCUCCAGGGUUCAGAAUGGGAGGUCUGUGCCCUUAAACACCAAGGCCACCAGUGGGAGGAGGUGAGAAUAAGGAAUCAUUAACACAGGGUGACUGUCCUGAUGCCCACAGCUUAAAACAAGCACCUUUCCAUGCAGAUCCAUGCGGUGCUUACAAACAGUGCAUGGAGUUUGAGCCCUGUGGGUGCAUUAUUUUUAACCUGUCUAGAACGGGGGAAAUGUUUUAGAUACUUGGAUGUGGUUGAUAUCACGGCCAGAGUAACAAGAUGCCUUACAGGCUGUAAGUAUUGUAGUAUCAGAAAAGGACCAGAAGGAACUGAGACUAAGAGGCCAGUGGACUGGCCAGUAGCGCAGGACCAUGUUUGCCUGGUGGUCCUGGAAACAGCAGGAAAAGCCAAGCAGAUAGGAAAGCUGCUCCUGCAGACGCCUUGUCUCUGGCUGGCUGGCCCUUGGCUCUCUGCAGAUUACAGUAUUUGCAGGUCACAUCAGCUCCCUGAAACCCCGAGUGUGAGGGCUGGUGUUUGUGGUUCCUUGUAGCCAAGGAACUCCUUCAGGGCUCUGGCAGGGCUGAUAGGUUCCUUUAUGGGUAUCCCAGGAAAACUGGCCUUUGAUGAGGAGAGGCCAGGAGGGCCCCAGCCGGCCCGGGAUAAUGACAGUCACCUGUGUUUUCCAGAGCUGUGACCCCACCAGUCUGUAGUGACGAUAGAGGCAGAGGGAGCGGUCAGCCUCAGCUGCUAAGAGGGUGACAUUUCUACAUUACAGACACGUUCUGAGCUCUGAGCAUCAUCUCCCAUCUCCCCGCAGCGACCCUCCAUCUCCUCACCUUCCAGCCUCCCCAGAACAUUUGAUGCUGAUGUGUGUCCUUUCUUUCCAUCUCAACCCCACUUGCUGGGCGGGUACACCCACCAGGAAGGAACCCGUUGGCCACCCACAAGCCCACAGCUGCCAUCUUAGACCCUCCUUCCUGUCAGCAACCCUCACCUGAUUCUACAAACUGGCAACAGUUAACAUUGUACUGAGAUACAUUUUUACAAAUUUAACCCAACAGAAAGUAGAUUCUAACCUGCUUUUGGAAUUAUCCUUCAUUCACAACUAAGUCUAAAUGUAUUUGCAUUAUGAUAUUAAAGGACUUUUCUAAUGACUGGAAGGUACUAAACCAAGAUAUUUGUUCUUUAAAAAAAAAAAAGAAAGAAAGAAAGAAAAAAAGCUGGGCUGUGGUGGCACACACCCAUAAUCCCAGCACUCUGGGAGGCAGAGGCAGGAGGAUUUCUGAGUUCAAGGCCAGCCUGGUCUACAGAGUGAGCUCCAGGACAGCCAGGGCUACACAGAGAAACCCUAUCUCAGAAAAAAGAAAAAAACAACAACAAUGUGGGAGGAUCUGGUAAAAUGUGACAUCCCAAGUCCUAUUUUUCCCUUCAGGUAAGCAAGCGGCACCUGCCCACUGCCGGGGCUUUAGCCCUCAGUCACUAGAUCUGGCCUGGCUCUACACCUAGUCCUUUUAGGGGCAGCCACGACACAUGCCACCUCCCUGGCAGCCCUGACUGGCUUGCUGACCCAGCUACAAUACCGGUGCUUGGGCUGGAAUCUGGUAUCUUAAGCCUAGCAUGGGAAGUAAGAUGGACUCUCGAGUGGUCAUACCUCACCCAAGAAAACUGCACCAGUGUUGUUUACAGGGACAGAAAAGAGUCCAAGCUGGGAGGAGAUGUGGGCAUGAGGUGGAGAAAACCGUCACCUCCUAGACUUGCUGCUUCUGUAAAAGGAGAGAAAUCAGUUUAAAUCUUUCCAGGCCCCGUAUGUAGCAGUUGUUUUUGAGCCUCAGUAGCUUUCACAAACACUCACAGAAAACACUGAAGUCACCCCCUCCAUAUCUGGAGCCUUCAAAGAGCCCCACUCACUGACUAUGCACGACAUUUCAGCGGAUGGCUACAAACUGUUUUUCUAACCUAAGCCCAGGUAACUCGGGGUGAGGAAGCUGAGAACGCGCCUUAGGCAGAUGGCGAGGUGGAGCACCCGGAGGGGUCUGAGGGAAGCUACGCUCUCGGCUUUCUCUCACCAGUGGAAGGUUUGUGCCAGAAGGAGCACACACAUCAAGGAUUCAAAUAGCAAAAUUGCUCCUUAACUUAAUGUGUGACUUCACCAUGGGGGUCACCCUGUCACAAAUACAGACAGCUGUAAGUACAGUGUGAGCCAAGUCACAAUCAGAUCUGUCAACCCCUGGGAAUGGGCGGCACAGCUCCCAGGUCCACAUGGUUGAGGUAAGUGUAGUUAGUAGUGACAUUGUCUGGCAUGUACCUCUGUGCCAAUAGUGUACACCUGUAUGUGUGGAAUUUGCUAAUAUAACCAUUUCAAUAAAACUCUGUUGAAAAAUC